GUGCCGUAAAGCGUGCCGUCGCCAAGAAUCACGUGGCGCUGACAUGAAUGUUUUCAGUGAGACUGAAACUCAGUUUAGCAAACCCAGUUUGAAUAAACCGUCGGUCUGCUGUUGUGUUUAGCAUGGAGGGCAAAUGACUGAGCCCUUCGUUCCGCUGUCCUCCAGCCCCGGAAGCGUGUGUGUUUUUGCGUGCUCAUGAGCGCAGCGUGAAAAUGUUCGUGUUGGUGGAGAUGGUGGACACCGUCCGCAUCCCUCCGUGGUGCUUCCACAGACAGCUGAACGAGGCGGUCGCAGAGGAGCUCAACAAGAAACUGGCCAACAAGGUGGUUUUCAACGUGGGUCUCUGCAUUUGUCUGUAUGACAUUACUAAACUGGAGGACUCCUAUAUUUUCCCAGGCGAUGGCGCUUCACACACCAAAGUUCAUUUCAGGUUUGUUGUUUUUCACCCGUUCCUUGAGGAGAUCCUUGUUGGGAAAAUCAAGUACUGCAGUCAGGAGGGAGUUCAUGUGACGAUGGGCUUCUUUGAUGACAUCCUCAUUCCACCAGAGUCUCUGCAGCAGCCUGCAAAGUUUGAUGAGGCUGAGCAGGUUUGGCUCUGGGAGUAUGAGACCGAUGAAGGGGCUCAUGACCUCUACAUGGACCAAGGGGAGGAGAUCCGGUUUCGGGUAACAGACGAGGUCUUUGUGGACACGUCUCCAACAGGUCCAGCUGCUGCUACGCCUGAUAAUGCAGCACAGCCGGGACAGUCCACAGCAGCACCUGCAGAGGAGAGCACAGAGAAGAAAGAAGCGCCGUACACACUGAUAGGCACCAUCUGUGAGCCAGGGCUGGGACUGCUGUCAUGGUGGAACAAUUAGCACUACAGAGGAUGGUUUGUCCCUCAUCACCCGAGACCUGCUGCUCAGUCAGCAGGAACAAAAAACCAGCAUGAAGAACUCUAUAGUUUUGUUACAGGAGUACAGAUGAAUUGAGAUCGUCAGUGUGAAAGCAGCCGAUACCAGUUUCAUGUUUACAUGUACAACUCACUGUGAUGUGUUGAAUGGCAAUUUAUGUUUGAUACAUUUCCUGUGAGAGUUUCUUAAAACUAUGAGGAAAUAGUUCAUUAUUUUUUGUUAAAGAGGAUUUUAUUCAAAUGCCUCAUCAUUUAAGGUAAAUAAGCAAUGGUCUUCUGUGCUUUCUGAAAGUCCGUGUACAUAUUCUGAAUUGAAAAACAAACUACUUGACUUUCUCUUGUGAGUUUAUCAGUCGUAUUUUUCUCUGCUAUGGCGGGAGAACAGGUAUUUCUGUAAGCAAUUCUGCAAGAUGUGUCACUUAAAAAGAUGAGAAGGGUCUAAUGUUCAUCAUAUUUGAGAGGCAGAAUGUUAAAAAUAUUCCAGGAAAUCAGAUCAUUUGAUUUUUAAAGAAUUUAUUUAGUUAUUAGUGAAAAAAUACAAAUUUAGCUCCUACAAUCAAGCAAGAAUUCUGUUCUUCAUAGACCUGUUAUAAAGUCCCACUCCAAUAAAUGUUUGGAUCUAUUUUAAUCUA